UUAAUCUGAACUGAAUGUGCUCAAAGUGCAUCGAAUCAGAAUUAGGUUUAAAUCAUCACUCAGACUGCACUAAGGCUGCGCAGCAUUGACGCGCAGAACUGCGCCUCGUUCUCUGAUCAGGAAGUGAAGGAGGAGGUGAAAUUUUGAAAUUCGGCGGUGUUUGAGCUGAACAAACAGCCGCGAUGUCCAGACUAAAGAGAAAGAAAGCGGCGGCGGAGGAGAACCAACCCCAAACGAAGUCGGUGCUCAGGGAUCUGCGGGAGAGUCUGCGCAAGUCCGACGGAGACUCAUCCAGCACGAGCAGCGGCUCCAGCAGGCCUUGGUGGGCCGCAGCUGAUCUGGCAGAGGGGGAGAAGCUGUGGGCGCUCACCCUGCAGGCCUUGUGUCCAGCAAUGUCCAGCACUCCUGCCAUGGCCUUCUGGGUUCCAGAGCUACCAGAGACCCCCACGAAAGCAGAGCGAGAGGAGCCGAGCGAGCGGCGCUGGUGUAGUCUGGAUGAAGAUGUGAGUGAACUUCCUGCUCUAAAUGACCUACUGGGCUGCGUCCCAAUCCACAGCGCACUGCACUUCUCUCCUAAUGAAGGGAACCACCAGCCUGAAGCUUCAGCUCAGCUGCUGAGUGAAACGGGAGGUGAACAGCAAACACAGAGAAGUUCUCAGCGCCACCUAGAGGACAUUCAGGCUCACUGUUCAGGAGAUGCAGCAUCGUUACGGAGAUGGACUGAAAAGCCUGACUGGUCUGAGGGUGGUGAAUGUAAGCGGGAUGGGGGCGGAGGCAGGUUACUGACAGGAACUCAGAAAUCUGGAGGUGCGAGGGUGAGAGGGAGGAUCAAACCUGGUCGUCAGGAUGUGGAACAGACACCUGGUUCCCAUGGCGACGGAGCUGAGAGCACAAAACUGCAAGGGGGAAAGUUGGCAGGAAGAGAAUCUGAAAGAAAAUCCAGAGUGGAGUGUGAUAAAGCUGAAUCUGGGUCAUCUAAAUCCAGGACAGGGUCCAGAACAGGUUCUGAUGGUGGCGUAAGAGGAUCUGGAUCUGCAGUUUCCCUCCUGGAGAACAACAGUGAGUGUAGAGCCGGGACGUCCAGAGGAGGAUCCGGAUCAGGAUUAGCAGAACCAAAACUGGAGUGCUGUCCAAUGUGCCUCAUGCCGUUUCCUGCAGGGUUCUCUCAGAUGGAGUGUGAUGGUCACCUCGCUCAGUGUUUGUCGGAGAUGAACACGGACGUUGUUUGGUGAUUCCGAGUCGGUCAGUCUCUCCAGCCCUGCCGGCCGCUUCUCUCCAUGCAGACGCAGCAGGUCACGCAGGGUUCCUCCUCGGUGCUCUUGACGGAACGUCCUUCAGCAUCACCCUGCGCUGUUCACAACAUAAACACCUGAACUCAUUUAAACACCCACAGAACGUCUGAGGUCAAUCAGACUGACCAUUCAGACAGUGAAACCCACAGCCCUGUCACAGAGCUCGGCUCCCACUGCAGCCUCCUGAGAGACCAGCAUCACUGAGAUACAUAAUAAAUAAUUAAUAACAGAUCUGAGGAACCUCAGUGUGGAGAUCAUUGAGGGCAGAAUGAGAACAAAUAAAGACAAGAAAAUGUACAUUACAGUAAUAAAUAGCAUUAUAAUAAAGUAACAGAGUAUAUAAGUAAAAUCUUUCACUCUGCAGUUCAAGUAUUUGGAACGAUCGUUUUAAAUGAUUCAUAUUUAUGAGAAAUAAACUGAGUGUGGAGUGAAUUCAGUGUGACUCUCUUUAGUCCUGCAGGGCUCAGAUGAUCAGCAAGACGCUGGAAAUGAAACUCGACGCUGAACAGAACUGUAGAACAGCAGCAGAACCCUUUCUGGUGCUGUAUAGAACCAUAAACAACACAUUCUCCAUCAAUCUGGAGAAACAUUUCACCAUGCAGAGAACCAUUUAAUCAUGUAAAUGAUUCUUUGAGUCUUCUAGAACCACCGUCUUUAGUAAAGAACCCUUAAAGAACCAUCUUUUUAAGAGUGAAUAUAACAUCUCAAAAUUCUUGAAAUAUUGAAUAAAACAAAAACAUAAAAGCUUUUGGUCUUUAAGCUGUUUAAGUUACUGUUGUUUGUAGAAUUAAUUAAUAAUUUCGAGCACCAUUUCAAAGUUUGUUUCCAUAGCAACAAAUAUUCAAGGAAAAUAAAAGAUGCUUUAUUUCUGAAACAACUGACGAUAUAAACCUAGAGGUGUGGAUCACAAUAGAGCUCCAUUCAUCCCAACACCACCAAACAUCUGGAACAUCUGGGGCUGAUUCAGUUCAGACUCGUUAGAGGCUCAUUAGCAUACAGUGACAUCAGUGCAGAAAUGAGCAUAAAUACAGCGACUCAUUAUGACUCUUUAUUUCUGUUUAUUAAUGUUUCUAAAUUGUUGGGAAAUUCCCAAAAAUUUGAGAGAAAAAAAACAAUUAUUUUAGUAUUUGCAGAAUAUUUUGUACAUAUUUUGUCACCAUUAAAAAAUAAAACUUGUUAUUUCA